AUGUCCAGCGAAACCAAGAUCACCGCUGAUCCAGGCGAGGUCGAGAAAACACCCGUCUACGACGGCCAAGGCACUGAGCAAGAUCCGUUUCUGGUGGAAUUUCAAAAGGAUGACCCUGAAAACCCGAUGAACUGGGGUUUAUUGCGAAAAUGUUUCAUCACAUUCAUUGCGACUAUCUCAGUUUUUGCCGUCACCUUGACCUCCUCCGCAUACUCCGUCUCCGCCAACGAGGUCUUGAAAGACUUUGAUAUCAGCUCUGAGGUCUUUACGCUUGGUCUUUCCCUCUUCGUUCUAGGAUUUGCAAUUGGCCCUGCCGUCUGGGGUCCUCUAUCCGAGUUAUACGGAAGACAAAAGCUGUGGGUGAUCACUCACGUCGCCAUGGUCGCCUUCCUCGGGGGAUCCGCUGGCAGUAAAAACGUUGCCACGCUCUUGAUCCUACGACUGUUUGCCGGCACAUUCGGUGCAUCUCCCCUCGUGAAUUCCGGUGGCACGAUAGCCGAUCUCUUCCCACCAGCCCAGCGCGGCCUCGCUCUAACAGUCUACGCGGUUGCACCGUUCCUUGGUCCCGUUCUCGGCCCGGUGAUGGGUGGCUUCAUCAGUCAGAGCAUCGGUUGGAGGUGGGUACAGGGCGUGUGUACCAUAUUUAUCGGGAUCAUUGGUCUCCUAGGUGUCAUCUUCAUUCCUGAGACCUACGGACCGGUUCUGCUGCAGAAACGAGCGCGUCAUUUGUCGAAGAGGGAUGGCAAGGUUUAUAUCAGUGUUCUGGAGAAAAGCCAGGGGAAGAAGAAGCCAUCUGAAGUCUUCAAGCGAGCCCUGUUCCGACCUUGGAUUUUCCUUUUCCUUGAACCGAUUGUCUUGAUCGCCUCCGUCUAUAUGGCCAUCAUCUAUGGCACAGUCUACAUGUUCAUGGGUGCGAUGCCCAUCGUGUAUAAUGAAGAUCGCGGCUGGAGCGAGGGCAUCGGAGGCCUUUCAUUCCUUGGCAUUGCCGUGGGAAUCAUUUUGGGUCUGAUUUACGCGAUCUGGGACAACAACACCCGGUAUAUGAAAUUAGUCGCAUCGAACUCCACGACACCCGAAUCGCGCCUACCACCUGCCAUUGUCGGUGCAGUCGCUCUGCCAAUCGGGAUGUUCGGCUUUGCCUGGACCACCUAUCCCAGUAUCCACUGGUCUGUCAGUAUCAUUCUGUCGGCUCCCUUCGGAUUUGGCUGCGUGCUCGUUCUCCUGCCGAUCAUGAACUACCUGAUCGACUCCUACACAAUCUACGCUGCCUCUGUUUUGGCAGCAGCGGCGAUCUUCCGCUCUGUCAUUGGUGCUGUGUUCCCUCUUUUCACAUCGCAGAUGUAUCAUAACUUGGGAAUCCACUGGGCCUCUAGUAUUCCGGCUUUCAUGACCCUGGUGUGCAUACCGUUUCCGCUGAUCAUGUUCCGCUAUGGUAUGCAAGUGCGCAUGAAGUGUAAGUAUUCGUUCGAGGCAGCGGAAACCAUGAAGAAAAUGCAACAGGCCCAGGCCAAUCAAGCAAAGUAG